AUGAGCUCCGAAGAACGGAAGCCCACACCAGAGAAUGGCACCCUAUUCCAGGGUUUCGAAUGGAACGUCCCGGACGAUCACAAGCACUGGCGGCGCCUUGCCGAAGAGCUUCCUAAGCUAAAAGCCAUCGGUAUUACCAACAUAUGGCUACCCCCUGGCUGUAAAGGUGCGAACCCUCAGGGCGUUGGCUACGACAUCUACGAUCUGUACGACCUCGGCGAAUUUGAUCAGAAAGGUCAAAAGGGAACCAAAUGGGGAACUAAAGAAGAGCUACUCGAACUUACGAAGGUCGCCAAGGAGCAUGGCGUGGGCCUAUACUGGGAUGCCGUAUUGAACCACAAGGCUGGAGCCGACCAAACGGAGAAGUGCCGUGUUGUGGAAGUUGACCAAGAUGAUCGCACUAAGGAGGUUUCUGAUGCCUUCGAAAUCGAGGGAUGGCUAGGCUUCGAUUUUCCGGGCCGUGGCGAGCAAUACUCCAAGAUGAAAUACCACUGGGAGCAUUUCUCAGGUACCGAUUGGGACCAAGCCACGGAGAAGAAAGCCAUCUAUAAGAUUCUAGGUGAGAACAAAGGCUGGUCGCAAUCCGUGGAUGAUGAGCAAGGCAACGCGGACUACAUGAUGUUUGCCGACAUUGACUACUCGCACCCUGAGGUUCAAGAAGACGUCAAGAACUGGGGCGUGUGGAUCACUAAAGAGCUUGGCUUGAAGGGCUUCCGGCUCGACGCUGUGCAGCAUUUCUCCUCAAGAUUUACCAAUGAAUGGAUCAAGAACUUGCGCAAACAGUGUGGAGACGACAUCUUCGUGGUCGGCGAGUUCUGGUCGGGAGAUGUAAAAGAGAUGAGCGAUUGGCUCGACGAUAUGAACCACGAGUUCGCUCUCUACGACUCGCCUCUCCUGAACAACUUCGGGUCCAUCUCGACAAGCGAAUCGGCGGACCUGAGGAAGGUCUACGAUAAUACACUCGUUCAAAUGCGUCCUACCGAUGCUGUUACGGUCGUUACAAACCACGACACACAACCUGGGCAGGUGAUGGAGACCAAGAUCGAGGGCUUCUUCAAGCCUCUUGCCUACGCUCUCAUUCUGCUGAGGCAGGAAGGCUACCCAUGCCCAUUCUACGGCGAUCUUUACGGUCUCUCAGAGCCGCAUGAGACCCCUGCCUCAUGUGGUGGAAAGCUCGCUGAUCUCAUUCUCGCACGAAAACUCUUCGCGUACGGAACACAGGAGGACUACUUCAACGAAGCCAACUGCAUCGGGUUUGUGCGUCGUGGAACAUGGGACAGGAAAGCGGGUCUGGCGUGUGUGAUGAGCAACGCAGGUCCCGGUCAGAUCAAGAUGGCUGUUGGCGAGAUGCAUGCCGGUGAGAAGUGGACUGACAUCCUUGGGUGGGAGGAGAGUGAGGUCGAGAUAGACAGCGAAGGUUAUGGACUGUUCAACUGCCCAGGCACCAGUGUCGCGGUCUGGGUGCGAAGCGAUGCUGAAGGGCGGGACCAAUUUCCUACAAACUUCGAUGCGAACGUAUACCACAAAGAUUAG